UGUAUUGUACUCCUUAAAACCCUUUCGCCUUUUGUGGUGCAAUUGCACUGCCUCCUGCCAGUAAGAGGAAGCGCAAAGGACGAAACGGAGGGCUUGUCGAGUGGGAAGGUCGAAAGUAGGACAACAACAGCCGGGGAAAAUAAGCCAUAGACCGCGUUGUUCCGCCGCUGAGCAUAUCGUUUAUUCUGUUAAAAGGGUUACUGUUCUGCUGGUGACAUUGCCGUCCAGUUCAGUGUUUUCUGCACAGGUCGUUUCAUUUUCCGUUUGUAACUGAAUAUCAGAAAUGGCUGCUAUGGGACUGCGUGCUUCCUACUUCAGGAUGCUGGACAAAAUCGAGCUUAUUUUGCCAGCUAAACUAAGACCUGUGUACAACCACCCUGCAGGACCGAAAACGGUUUUCUUCUGGGCACCGGUGUUUAAAUGGGGUUUGGUAUUCGCAGGGCUGGCAGACAUGACCCGACCUGCAGAGAAGCUCAGCAUCUCUCAGUCCGGUGUACUGACUGCCACAGGUUUGAUUUGGUCCAGAUAUUCCCUGGUCAUUAUUCCGAAAAACUGGAACCUUUUUGCAGUUAACUUUUUUGUGGGCUGUGCUGGUAGCUCACAGCUUUUCCGAAUCUGGAAAUACAAACAGGAGCUGAAAGCUAAGGAGAGUGAGCAAGCAGCACUGCAGUCUUGAGGCGGACUCAAACCAGCCCCAUGGGGUUAAAGGGAGCCCAGUGCUGGGUUAAAUAUGUACUGAAUUAAUCGGUUUAGCAUCUAAGUUAUAAUCGUCCUGUGCCUUUCUUGUAAAGAGAAAAGGAGCUGAAAAAGAUUUUUCUAAAUUUGUCCUGGAAUGGAGAUCGUGUUACUUAUCAGGGUUGAAGAAAUUGCCAGUGCCACUUAGAUUUUUAAAACGCUUGUUAAUGGUACAAUCACUGACGCACAAACUCACAGAACCUUUUAGUUUUUCAUCCAAUGCACGUGUAUUAUGUGUUCCUAUUUUAAAUUAAAAUGUCCAUUGUGUUAAACAUUUGUUGGAGUAGUCUCUAGAUCUUUUUUUUUUUUAAAGAUUCCAGCUUGUUUUUUAUGAAUUUAAUGUCUGGUUUUGGCUUGAACACUGUAUAAGGAAUGUCUCCCAAUAAAUUUUAAAGUAGU